CUCUUUCCUUCUUCCUCUUUUGCUAACAGAGAUCUCCUAACUAACGAUUCCAUAUUCAGAGAAACAGCAAAACUAUACAUUUUGCGAUCUGAAAAAAGCAAAAAAAAAACUCAUCAUUUAUUUUUUCACUAUUCAAUUUGUCUCCUUCGUUGUUGAAUUUCUGCAGAUUUUUUUUUCGCAGAAAGUUUUAAAUUCUAUGUAUUAGUGCAUUUGAUGAUUGAUAUAUAGGUGAAUAUACACUGUUUCAGUUAUUGCAUCAAUGGCUUCGUGGCUCAGAGCUGCUGAAGAUUUGUUUGAAGUUGUAGAUAAGAGGGCAAAGAGUGUAGUAGGCGAGAAUUCUGAUGAACAGCCCAAUGUUCGGAGCCCAGUUCCGAAUGAAAAAGGAUCUCAAACAAAACGUUCAAGGCAUAAAAAGAAGCCUCAAAAACGACUCUCUUCUAAUGAACCUUCAGAAACAGUCAAUUUUGAAAGGGAACAAGCUAGCCAAGGGAUGUCACAGUCAGAGUUUGCCUCUGAUAAAGAUAAAGCUAUCGUACUUACUGAAGACAGUAGGGCAAAUCCAGGUAGUCCUAGCAGCAAAACUAGCACUGAAGAUAAGCUAAAAGUUUCUGAAGAUGGUGCCUUGUUGGAUGCUCCUAUAUCUGAAACAGCCUCUAACAAUGAGCUAAAUCAUCAUGCUGAUCAUGUGGAAGCAGCAGAACCUGUUGAUGUGAAAGUCGUGAGUUCGGAAUCUAUUGGUGAGCAUACAAGUGGAAACACCUCAGAUAUUCCUGGAGAGACUCCUCUGUUGCCUAUUGCAAAAGUGGUUGAUACUGUGCAGGACAAGUCUCCAGUAGAUUCCAGUCAAAACACAGUUCUUCUUGAUGCAGGAUCUCCUGUGAACUUUCAGCAGGAAAGAUCUAAAUCUUUAACUGCAGAUGAACAUGGUAAAAUUGAUAAGCAGAUGAAGGAUGCUAAAACCAAGGCUGAACCUAAUUCAGACCAGAAGCAGCUUCCGAAACAUGAAACUGUUAAUCCAGGAGAGAAGCAGCUUCCUGAACGUAAAACUAUUAAUUCUUCCAUAAAAGAACAAGAGCAACUUGAAGAGGCUCAGGGAUUGCUUAAGAAUGCAACUUCUACCGGUCAUUCAAAAGAAGCACGGUUGGCCCGUGUUUGUGCUGGACUUUCAUCACGUCUUCAGGAGUAUAAAUCUGAAAAUGCUCAGCUGGAGGAGCUUCUUGUUGCAGAGAGGGAGUUGAGUAAAUCUUGUGAGGCUCGGAUAAAGCAGCUUCAGAAAGAUUUAUCUGCAGCCAAAAAAGAGGUGUCGAAGGCGGGGUCGAGUAUGACUGAGGCUCUUGCUGCAAAGAAUGCUGAAAUUGAGGCUCUUGUUAGUUCUACAGAUGCACUUAAGAAGCAAGCUGCACUCUCUGAAGGAAACCUGGCAUCAUUGCAGGCUAAUAUGGAGUCUUUAAUGAGAAACAGGGAACUAACAGAGACAAGGAUGAUGCAAGCUUUAAGGGAGGAGCUGGGUGCUGCAGAGCGAAGAUCAGAAGAAGAGCGUGCUGCUCAUAAUGCUACCAAAAAGGCUUUUAUGGAAAGGGAGGUAGAACUGGAGCACCGAGCUUUAGAGGCAUCCACAGCCUUGGCUAGGGCGCAGAGAACAGCUGAUGAAAGGACAGCAAAGGCAACAGAGCUUGAGCAGAAGGUGGCACUGCUUGAGGUUGAAUGUGCAACUCUAAAUCAAGAAAUGCAAGAUAUGGAAGCUCGUACUCGCCGUGGACAAAAGAAGUCCUCAGAAGAGGCAAAUCAAGUUCUUCAGAUGCAUGCAUGGCAAGAAGAAGUGGAGCGUGCACGCCAAGGUCAGAGGGAGGCUGAAAGCAAGCUUGCUUCUUUGGAGGCUGAAAUGCAAAAGUUAAGAGUUGAAACGGCUGCCAUGAAAAGGGAUGCUGAACAUUACUCUCGCCAGGAACAUGUGGAACUUGAAAAGCGGUAUCGUGAAUUAACUGAUCUACUGUAUUACAAGCAAACACAGCUUGAAGCCAUGGCCAGUGAAAAAGCUGCGGCUGAGUUUCAGUUGGAGAAGGAAGCAAAGCGUCUUCAGGAAGUACAGUUAGAAGCUGACAGAAACAGAGCUUCUCGUCGAGCAUCAUCCUCGUGGGAGGAAGACACUGACAUCAAAGCACUUGAGCCUCUCCCUUUACAUCACCGCCACAUGACAAGGGCGACGGUACAGUUACAGAAGGCAGCGAAGCUUCUGGAUUCCGGGGCUGUCAGGGCAACACGGUUUCUCUGGCGAUAUCCAACUGCUCGAGUUAUCUUGCUUUUUUAUCUGGUAUUUGUCCAUUUGUUCUUGAUGUAUCUCUUGCAUCGCCUUCAGGAACAAGCUGAUACAUUUGCAUCCAAAGAAGUUGCAAUAUCAAUGGGGCUCGGCAACCAAACCUUACCAUGAGCCAUCCUGCUAGAGGACCAUUCAGGUUUUCUCUGCUCUGUUGAGUUGCUCGAUAAAACCAAAUCUCAUUUUAGCAUCAGUAGUAUCGCGGAAUCACAAAAGUGCAUGAAGCAGGAAUAUUGCAUUUGGUUUGCUUUCAGCACAAUUUGGAAGGUAGCGUAAUUUAUACUGUAACUGCAGUCUGAUGAGUCCAUCAGAAAAAAGAAAUUGAACAUCAACAAAGUCUAGGCAGAUUUCAACUGAUUCUUCUCCAGUAAUUGAAUGUCAGCAUGUUACGACGAAUCAGAAAAUGGAAAGAAACUGUAAGUAGGAGCUGAAAACUGACGAGGAGAGCAUCGAGUAAAUACAAACACACUCAUUUUUUUUGUUGGGGUUGGGGGGGUGGGGUAGGGGGGAUUUGGUAAGCAACAAACUCUGCAUUUCUGACAAAAUAUGAUACUCCAUUGAUUGGAAUUGUCAAUACAUGAACACUUGGUGUAAGCUAUCGAAUACAUAAUUCCAGAAAUUGUCUUUUACCUUGUAAGGAAGGGAAAUGAUUUCAAUCAUUGCUAUGAAUGUAUAUACGAAGAAAUUUUGUGGAA